UAAUAUUGCUAUUUGUUUCCUACACCUAUCGGCAUCACUUCGCUAUACAGAACAGUUAUAAAAUAUCCUUUAUCUUAUAGAAUAGAAUAAGAUUUUACUAUUUCGGGAAAAUAUGUAUUAAAUAUAACGAGUAAAGAUGAUUUGCAAAAACGUUCAAGUCCAAAGUCUAGUUAGCAGUGUAAUGUUAUAUCGGUAAACAUAAGCGGCGCACGGCCUUGUGGGAAUUACUCGCAUAGCGUGCCUCACUGAGCCAGGUUAUUUAGGUUAACUGUGAAAAUGUGCGCGGAAUAGAUAAAUGAAUAUAAUAAUAUUUAUAGACUGUCCAUAAAGUGCAUUAAAAAUACAGAGAAAAGUUAGUGGAUUUGUUCUAAAAAUGUAUUUUGUCUUGUGAGAAUACUAGCAACAUAGGUAGGCAGGUCUUACAGACAGUUUUGUCAGUCAGCUGUGAAUUGUGACAUUAACAUUGAUCGCAGCGUACCCUUGCGAUUGCGUACAAUCGACCUCGGUUAUAUUUAUAUCCUACAGUUAUAAAUGGUAUCCCUAAACUCUAGUGACGCAACAUUAUGGCAAAGAGAUUGCUGUCUCCAAUCAUUUUAAAGUUAAACCAUAACAACACCAAAAUAAGACCUAUAUUGGAAUAUACUCAGAAAAAAAAACUGCACACUGGGCCACCUGUCAAGGAAAUACGAAUACCUGUGAAAUGGGGUCACUUGGCUGCCAAGUUAUGGGGGAGCGAGCACGAGCGGCCCAUACUGGCGCUGCACGGUUGGCAGGACAACGCAGGGACCUGGGACCCCUACGCGCCGAUGCUGUGCGAUAAAAGGCCGAUACUAGCUCUCGACUUUCCCGGCCAUGGCUUUUCCUCUUGGAUACCAGAAGGUAUGCAGUAUUAUCCCUGGGACUUACCGCGAUUAAUCCUUUAUUUGAAGGAUUAUUUCAAAUGGGAUAAGGUGUCACUAUUGUGUCACUCGAUGGGGUCAAUUGCUGGCAUGCGCUUUGCAAGUGUUUUCCCAGAUGAUAUAGAUUUCUACAUCGCAGUCGAUAGCCUCAUUUAUGACGAUUACGAUUUAAAUCAAGUUGUAGCACAUUAUUCGAAAAUGUUAAGAAAACUACAAGCUCUACAAGAUCUUAAAGGUGAACCGCCGUGUUACACAAUGGAAGAAAUUAUUAAAAUAUGGCAUUUAGGUACAACUAAAUCUGUAGCUAAAGAAAGCGUGCCGUAUUUAUUAAAUCGGGGAGCCAAAGAAUCUUCAAGGGAACCAAACAAAUACUAUUUUUCGAGAGAUCCGCGCUUAAAGCAUAUAUUAUUCAGUGCCGAAGACAAGAAACUUGUAGAAACUAUGGUGAAACGGAUAAAAUGCCCAACGCUUUAUUUUAAAGGAAUAGAUUCACCAUACGCUUCUGAUGAACACUCUGUUGAGAUGCGCGAAACUCUUGCGCAGAAUAAUAGCGAUUUUGAGUGUCACUUUAUACCCUCCACUCACCAUUUGCAUUUAAAUAAUCCUGAAUUAAUAGAACCUAUAAUAUUACAUUUUUUAAAGAAACAUAGUUUUUUAAAGUAAUGUAAAUAAUUAGCAUCUACACAGGACCAACGUGGUGGACUAUGGCUUAAGCCCUUCUCAUUCUGAGUGAUCCUGUGCUAAGGUAGUUGCCGGCGCGAAGAUUGGGUUGAUAAUGAAAUAAUAAGUAGAAUUAGAUAAUUGGCUGUUAAACAAUAUAAACUUUACAAUCUUUGGUACAUGCAAAGCAAUAUCAAAGUAUUGAGCUUAUAAGUACUUAUGUAUUAAUUGAUUGAUCGUAUUUGAGAUAGAUGUGAUUAAAUUUCUUUACGCUAACGAUUUUUGUGGCAAAUUACAAUUUCCAUAUUUAUGCAAAAGCAGGAUUUAAAAUGUUUAUCUUAAAAGUUAUGCCAUGUUUUAAAAUAUAAAGGAAGCACAAAACCAGCUAAAUAAUCUGUUUAAGGUAGUACUAGCUAAUUCAAAUAAAAUUGACUGACUACUUUAUCUAAAAUUAGAAUACAGUUUUGUUAAAUUCAAUUAAUUUUAUUUCUUAUAAAAUAAAUAUUUCUAAAGCUCAUUUCUCACUACUAAUACAUAAAUUGUAUUAUAAUCUGGCAAAAUAGACAUUCAAGGUUAUAAGUUGCAUAGACCUAAAAAUUGGUACGAAUGUUGGGAACACCAUAUAAAUGAGUUCUGAAAAUUCCCUACCCUUGCAAAUAAAAAUUAUUCAAGGACAAAGUUCACAAAAAAGGGGAUUUUUGCAUUUUCCAGCUAAACGGUAAGGUUUACC